AUGGUGGCCGCGGUGGCCUUACUAGUGCCAACUGUGGCGGGCACAACCACGGCACAAUCAACUGAGAUCGACAUUCUCUUCCCAGCCCUGAAUGAAAUGGACAUGAACAACCUGGAAGGAAGUAUUAUGAGCGCCGAUGCCUCAUCCACCACUAUUCAGAUUGAUUGCCGUUCCAGCGUAACCGCCCAAUGUAUCUCCUCUGGGUAUGUCCUACCCCAGACCCUCACGAAGGGCCCGUCAUUUCAGGACUAUUAUUACGAUGUCACCAGCUUGUUCAACAGCACUAUCUUUGUUAUCACUGGGAGACUGGAUUGCAACAUGACCUCGUCCACCUUAGGCGCCUCUUGCUUCGCCUCGACGAGCACAUGGGCUUCCCGUGGUACCAACGCAAGCUCGUCGGUUUGGUCCACAAGUGUCACGAUAUCUUCUUUCAACUUAAAGUACAAUACGUUGACAGUGUCAUCGGGGUUGGAGAAUCUUCAAACCGCCACAACCGCUGCAAUCAUUGCGUCACCUAGCCAGACUGUGACUUCAACACCCACGCCAACGACAACGCCAGCCGUCGAAACAUCCUCGGCAGGUCACUCAUCCUCAAAGGCCUGGAUUGCGGGCCUGGUAAUCGGGGUCUUGGCUGGGUUGGCUUUAGUUGCGGGCACGGCAAUUUGGUGUGUUGGUCGCAGGCACAAGAUGAAUACCAAACCGUUAGGCUGGGAGCCAACGAACAAAAUUCCAGGGAAGUCGGGGCCUCGGGCACAGAAUGCUGAGUUAAAGGAGCUACCAGCCGGUUCUCAGAGGGCAGAGUUAUCAACUCAAAAUAAUCGGCAUGAACUGCUAUGA